AUGGCAUUUUCCGUACCCAUUCAGCACAGCGCACCACAUAUCUACAUUUCGGCCCUCCCUCUUGCAUCCACGAGCUCGCCUCUACGCAUUGAGGGUUUAGCGACUUACAAGGACACUCUAAAGGUGACACAGGGGCUGAGGGAGGCGUAUCGUGGACUACCGAGUGCCUUGCGAGCGCACGCGAGCGUCGUCAAGGCUGUUGCAUUCUCGCCAGACGGCUCGCGAUUCAUCUCGAGCUCGUACGGUGAGAUCAGAAUAUGGGAUGCGGAGAGUGAUCAGUCCUUAGAAGAGCCCCUUCGUGGGCACACAACCUGGGUCAGCACUGUCGUUUCCUCGCCAAACGGCUCACAAAUUGGCUCAGGCUCGGAUGAUAACACAGUUCGAUUAUGGGAUGCAGAGACUGGCCAGAUAUCUGGGAACCCCUCCGAGGACAUACGCGCCGCGUCAAUGCCGUCAAAUUCUUACGUGAAGGCUCGCAAGUCGUCUCGGGCUUGGGCGACCACACAAUUUGAAUAUGGGAUGCGUUCACAGUCGACCCACUCCGAUGAUUGCACGAUUCGUUUAUGGAAUGCACAGACCGGCCAGUGGUUGGGAGAGCCACUUCUAGGGCAUACGCACCACGUCAAGGCCGUCUCCUUCUCACCGAAUGGCUUGCGGGUUGUUUCUAGCUCGGAUGACUGCACGAUUCGACAAUGGGAUAUGGAGACUGGCCAGCUGUUAGGUCAGACAUAUCCGACAGAGUCUGGAAGAAACCAGGGGCGUGAUAUGCUCAUCAGACGACUCUCAGAUCCUGUCUGUGUCCCGGAAUAUGACGAUUGA